UAAACUUUCCCAUGUAACCAGACUAGUAAAGUCAGGUAAAAACAAGAGAAGAUUGAAAACUAUUAGAAAUGAACAAUACACUACUAUUAACCGUUGUAAUAUAUUUAACGACUGUUCAAAUAGUAAAUUCAAUCCAAUGCUACCAAUGUGAUAGCAACGAGGAUAAUAGUUGUCCUUCCAAUAAGGGCUUUGAUGAGGAUAUUAAUGCUUUGGUAGAUUGUAAUAGCUUUGAAGCCACAGUUCCAGGUACAUUUUGUAUGAAGAUAACUCAAGAAAGUCCAGGAUGGCGUGGUUGGAAAAAAGUAACAAGGAGGUGCGGGUCGAGAUCUGAUACCGGUGUUGCUUGGGGAUGCAGAUGGACUUUUGAGGAUAACGGAGUAUGGAAAGAAACCUGCUUCUGUGAAGAUAGGGACGGUUGUAAUGGUGCUGGAUUAAUUAAGACUAAUACACUCGUCUUAGCUAUAAUGAUUUUAACCGCCGGCUUUUUUAUUCUAUUUUGA